AUGGCACAGAGUGGAUGGGAAGAGACGACUGCUCAACAGGAGACACCUGUCGAAGCUCAACAACCAGAAGCUCGCGAAUUCGAAGAAGAAGUCAAACUCUUUGGCAAGUGGACUUACUCUGAUCUUGAAGUCCGUGACACCUCUCUCACCGACUACAUCAGCAUUUUCAACUCCAGAGCCAAAACCUUCGUCCCACAUACUGCUGGAAGAUGGCAGAAAAAGAGAUUCCGCAAGGCCGCUUGUCCAAUCAUUGAAAGACUUGUAAAUUCUUUGAUGAUGCACGGGAGAAACACAGGCAAGAAACUUAUGGCUGUUAGGAUUGUGAAGCAUACUUUAGAAAUCAUUCACUUGCUCACAGGAGAAAAUCCAAUCCAAGUCGUUAUUAACGCUGUAAGCAACGCUGGACCAAGAGAAGACUCCACAAGAAUUGGAACUGGUGGUGUGGCAAGACGUCAAGCUGUUGAUGUGUCACCUCUUAGAAGAGUCAACACAGGAAUUUACUUGAUCUGCGCAGGAGCAAGAGCUUCAGCUUUUAGAAACAUCAAAACAAUUGCAGAAUGCUUGGCUGAUGAAAUCAUGAACGCUGCUAAAGGAUCAGCUAAUAGCUACGCAAUUAAGAAGAAAGACGAAAUUGAGAGAAUUGCUAAGGGUAAUCGUUAA